UGUGUGUGUGUGCGUGUGUGUGUGUGUGUGUGCGGCUUUUAUUCAAAAAUCACCACCCCGCAGAGCAAUCUGAUCUGAACAACACGCACUUGUUUCAAAAGGGGAGCCGAGGCGACCCCACCGAUGACGGGUUGAAAGCAUCUGAUUUAAUGAGCCAGCAAUGGCUCGUGGAAACAGACAAGACCAAAUUUCCCGGGGGAACUAAGUGCAACCAAGAAGACCAGAGGAAUUUGUUAAGGGAGGGAAGGAUGACAUCAACAACCAGCGAACUCCUUUCAAACGCUCCCAUAUGAGUCGUGAACCAAGAGGUGACGACAUGGAGGACACAUGCUCCGAAUACGACAACGUGGGCUCCGACGUGGAGCAGGAUUGUGACGAGGUAUUGCAUUUAAACAGAGACGGCGUCAUGGACACGAGGUUCUACAAGCAGUACAGCUCCGACGACGCGGGUUACGUCAAGAACGUAGCUGGUAAAAACGGAAACGACAGCAGCGGCGUCGCUGACCAAUUCACAGCACAUAAAAGCACAGAAAGACGUAACGGAUCACAACCGGACGCUCAGCCCCACAAAGCAGGUCGUCAAUUUAGGAUGCGUUGCACCCCAGUUGCGAGGGAAGCCGCGGAGGGGGAAGAAGUCGCCAAAGUUCUGGAGAAUAAGUUCUUCUUUUGUGACGGAGAUGAUAUAGACGAGGUGUUGGAUGGGGCCAGAUUUAUAGAAGAUUUAGAAGACGCAGAAGAUCAUCAAAGACAGGCUGGCCCUUACCAGGAUAAUGAAAGGAUUAGAAAGUCGUGCGAUGAAAGGGAGAGAGAAGACGACAGCGGAAUGACAAAAAAUUAUACCAUACCGGCCAACAGAAAAUGCGAGGCAACCCAUAUACAGGAGGAGAGACACGGAAAAAGACGAGGGAGAAGGCCAGCGGGACAGGACGUUGAACAAAUGACCUCUGGGGUUAAAAGUUGCGCAACCAACAAAAAUGAGCGAGUGAAGACGUCGUCCAAGGAAGGCAGAAAGGCUCCUGUGCGGACCAAAGCCAAAUCCAGCAAGCAACAGCCGACCCCUCGUAAUUCUCAUGGCCAAGCACCGAUAAACAAUCAGAAGGCUCAACCUCGAAGAGAGCCCGCUUCUGUUGCCAGACCCGACGCUUCGAGUAACAUCCAGGAGAGCGAGCCCAGGGUCGUCAAGCCGUCCCCGGCUGUCCGUCACACGCCCGAGCAAGAGAAAAUGCCGCCUGAGGAGAGCCAAAGCCAGCCACAGAAACUCCAGCAGGAAGAGAAACCAAGCCCACCUGUAAUGCAGGAGCAAGUUCCCGAGCAACCGAGAAGGCCUCAAAGUCCAGAUCUCCACCCAGAUGACGAGAGCGGCUCCCCUAAGAAAACACAAGAAGCUGCUUUCUUUCCCAGUUUUGAAGACGUCCCAGGUCCCUGUGAGCCAGAAGAUCUUAUUGAUGGGAUUAUCUUUGCCGCUAACUACCUUGGCUGCACUCAAGUGCUGUCUGACAAGAAUCCAUCCAAGACAGUUCGCAUGUCGCAGGCCCAUGAAGCCGUCAGUCGUAUUAAGAGCCAAGAUGAAAUGAUGAUGACUGAAGUCGACCUGUUUAUCUCCACCAAAACGGUCAAGGUGCUCAACGCCGACACACAGGACACAAUGAUGGACAGCGCUUUGCGAACCAUCUCUUAUAUCGCUGACAUCGGCAGCAUUGUGGUUCUGAUGGCACGCAGGCGUUUGUCUCCGACGUCGACUGAGGAUUUUUCGGAAUCUGUGGAGUCCGGCGGCGAAGGGACCAGUCAGUACGGCAUGAUCUGCUACGUCUUUGAAUCCGAGGACGCCCAGCUCAUCGCGCAAUCCAUCGGUCAGGCCUUCAGCGUGGCCUACAGAGAAUUCCUGAGAGCCAACGGCAUCAAUCCGACAGAUUUAAGUCAAAAACAAUACAGCGACAUCAUCAACUCACAGGAAAUGUACCACGACGACCUCAUCCAUUUCUCCAACUCGGAUAACUGUAAAGAGGUGUGGGUGGAGAAGCAGAAAGGGGAGAACCUCGGGGUGGUGAUUGUGGAAUCGGGCUGGGGUUCCAUUUUGCCCACGGUGAUCCUCGCCGGAAUGCUGAACAGCGGUCCAGCGGCACGCUCUGGCAAACUCAGCGUUGGCGAUCAGAUUAUGUCCAUCAAUGACACCAGCCUGGUUGGGCUUCCUCUCGCCACCUGUCAGGGUAUCAUCAAGGGUUUGAAGCAACAGGUGAAAGUAAAGAUGAGUAUUGUAAGCUGCCCUCCUGUCACCACCGUCCUCAUCAAGCGACCAGAUCUUAAAUUCCAGCUCGGCUUCAGUGUUCAAAAUGGCAUAAUCUGCAGCCUGAUGCGAGGCGGGAUCGCCGAGAGAGGCGGGGUUCGCGUAGGCCAUCGAAUCAUAGAGAUAAACGGUCAAAGCGUGGUUGCUAUGCCGCAUGAAAAAAUCGUGCAGACUCUGUCCGUGUCGGUGGGUGAGAUCAACAUGAAGACAAUGCCGGCCGUCAUGUUCAGACUGCUCACCGGACAGGAGACGCCAUCCUACAUUUGAAGACGCAACGAGUUAUAUUUUGAUCAUUUCUUCAUAUCAUUUAGGGGCCUCUCAUUGCAC